GACGCCUCUGCGCUCAUCUCUGAGGCCACCUUUUGCUUUGCUCGGGACCUUCUGUCGUCGCUCCUCCUCCAUGGUUAAUCAUGUACUCGAGCAGCAGUUUGUUUUAAGAGAGUCGAGAAAAAUGGAUUUACACGUUUGGUUCGCAGCGCUGUCACUCAUCUACUCCGGGAUCGCGUGCGCAGCACCUGCUGCACCGACACCCAGCACUCCGGGGCGCCACGUGCGGACCAAACGUUGCUCCUGCGCCACUUUCCUGGACAAGGAGUGCGUCUACUUCUGCCACCUCGAUAUUAUUUGGGUCAACACACCUGAGCGCGUGGUGUCCUACGGACUGGGGAGCGCUCCCAGGAUGAGACGCGCGCUCUCGGACUCCCGCAGCGCACCUCGCUGCCGGUGCCUCCACGAAAACGACAGCGCGUGCACAAAGUUCUGCCAGAUGGGAAACCACGUCAGGUAUGAGACAUCAGAGACGGUGGAGCGCGACGGGCGCGCGGAAACGUCGCGCAAACACAAACUGGCGGCCGACACGAGCUGGAUUAGAAGAGUGAAGAGCAGCAAGAAGAAAGGAGCGCCAGCUCUGGCAACAAGAACCCGUCUGCUGCUGAAGAAGUGGAGGGUGAGACAGCGACGCAGGACCAGAUCCUGGAAGAGCGACAGCUCUGCUUCCUAAAGGCGACACGUAACCUUGGACGGUCAGCGGGGGGGCGCUCUGUGAGAGGACUUUCUCCGGGUUGGCUGCAGUGACACGGGGCUGCUGGACUUGUCCGAAAAAUAAACCAGGGACAGCCGGAAGCUGAACUGUUGAGUAAUCCCCAAAAUCCACAGGCUUCAGUGAUCUGUGCAGAGGUCAGACCUCAUCAAUGCUCCUUUGAAGUAAAACUGAAACCCAACAAAAACUUGACCUUACUGGGAAAAUUAUGUUACAGAACAUAAGUCGUUGAAGUUUGAGAUUUCAAAAUCACAUUCCCCCCAAACACACACACAGAAUUACUGUAGCAGAACGUGACUUUCUACCUGAAGGAUUUACAGACAUUGUUUCCGUGAAACUGUUCACCACAUUUUACACAUCACCUGCCAGCAUCACUGCAGCUCCUGCACAAGCUCCUCUGAGACGUUUAAAUAUUUGUUCUAUAUACAUCAUAAUUUAAUUUGUCUUGAAUUAUUUUAUAUAAACUGUCACAGUUGUUGCUGAAUCUAUUUAUUUGUCUUUUACAGUCAUUUCAUGGCCAUAUUGGUCUGAAGGUCAUUUCUGUGAAAUGUGAUGCUGCCAAAUUGUGGCCAAAUGUUGAAUAAAUUUAUAUACAUUUAUUUAA